AACAUCUCCAUCAACAUACAGCAAAAACAGCAUCAGCACAUCAGCACCGAGGCUCCUGCAGGCUCACACGGAUUAUAAUCAAGUGCGAUGGAUGUGAUUAGGGAGAUGAUCUUGAUGCUGCUUUAUCUUGGCAGUGCAGCCUCUCUGCAAGUGAGCAUCACGCCUGCACAAGGUGAAAUCAGCGUCGGAGAGUCCAAGUUCUUUUUGUGUGAAGUGGCCGGGGGAGUGAAGGAAAUGGACUGGUUCUCACCCACUGGAGAGAAGAUAGAGUCGAAUCGGCAGGACAUCACGGUGAUCCGGAAUGAUGAGACGUCCUCCACGCUGACGAUCUACAGUGCAAGUGUGGAGAACGCCGGCACGUACAAGUGCAUCGCUUCCAACAAAGGGCAGCAAGCUGAGGCCACGGUCAAUGUCAAAAUAUACCAAAAGAUCAGCUUUCCAAACGCUCCAUCACCUCAAGAGUUUUCGGAGGGGGACACGGCCAUCAUCGUCUGUGACGUGGUUAGCUCUCCACCACCCACCGUCAUCUGGAAACACAAAAAAACUAAAAUCGAUUUCGAUAAAGACGUUCGCUUCAGUGUUUUGAACAACAACCACCUGCAGAUCAAAGGCAUCAGGAAGGCAGAUGAAGGCGUGUACACCUGCGAGGGGCUCAUCAUGGCCCGCGGCGAGAUCGACUUCCGCUACAUCCAUGUCGUGGUGAACGUUCUCCCGACUGUCAGAGUCCGGUACGCUGAGGUGAAUGCCACCGCAGAAACGGGCGGCUCUGCCAUGUUGGCAUGCGACGCAGAUGGCUUCCCUGAACCCACGGUCACAUGGGCGCGGAGCGAGGUUCUGCUGGAGAGCGGGGAUAAGUACAGCUUUAACGAGGACGGCUCCGAGAUCACUAUAAUGGAUGUAAAGAAGCUGGAUGAAGGAGAUUACACCUGCACCGCCACCAACAAAGCAGGAAAGAGUGAAGAAGAAGUCAGCCUGAAAGUCUUUGUGAAACCUAAAAUCACAUUCUUGGAGAACCAGAGCACUACGGAGAUGGAGGAGCAGAUCAGGUUGACGUGCGAGGCCACCGGAGACCCUACACCGAGCAUCACGUGGAGUUUCGGCUCACAGGUUUUCACAGACGGGGAACAGGCCUCGUGGACUCGGCCCGAGCAGCAUAAGGGUGAAGACGGCAGCGUGGUGGCACGCAGCGACGCUCGUCUCUCCUCUCUGACGGUCAAGGACGUCCAGUACACUGACGCCGGCGAGUACCUCUGUACGGCUACCAACGCUGUAGGCCAGAGCUCCCAGUCCACCUACCUGGAAGUGCGGUAUGCACCUAAACUCUUGGGCUCGUUGGAGGUUUUCACAUGGGAAGGGAACCCGGUCAACAUCAGCUGUGUAAUCUUGGCUCACCCCAGUGACGUGUCCAUCAUGUGGAUGCGAGACGAAAUCCAGCUGCCCAACGUCAACAUCACCAACAUCAAGAUCUAUAACACCCCAAACGCCAGCUACCUGCAGGUAACCCCGGAUUCUCAGAGUGACUUCGGCAGCUACAACUGCACCGCCUCUAAUGAGAUUGGGACCGAGUCCAAGGAGUUCAUCCUGAUUCAGGCGGACGUGCCCUCGGCUCCAGCCGUCACUCAGGUGAAGCCGUACUCCAGCACCGCUCAGGUGCUUUUCAACGAGCCUGAGUCGACCGGAGGAAUUCCCGUUCUUAAGUACCACGUCGAGUGGAAAGCGGCUUCCAAAAGCAACUGGAUCCAGCAUGUCUACGAGGUCCGAGAAGAGAUGAGAUCACUAACAAUCACCGGCCUAAAACCAGAAACCAGGUAUGAAGUCAGGCUGUCCGCUAUCAACGGCAAGGGAAGAGGCGAGAGCAGCUCCGUGAUCAGCUUUAAGACGGAGCCUGUUCAAGGGGAGCCCAGUCCCCCUAAACUGAAGGGCAGCCUGGAGCCCAAGGGCAACGCCCUUAAAGUCAACUGGAUCAAACAGGAUGACGGUGGCUCACCCAUCACACACUAUCUAGUGCGCUACAAAGCUAAAGAAGACGCCCAGUGGAAGACAGAGAUGCGCGUGCCAAGCACGACUGGCUACGCCCUCCUCAGCGGCCUGGACUGGAACACCGAGUACGACGUGCUGGUGGUGGCUGAGAACCAGCAGGGCAAAUCACAGCCUGGCAUGCUGAGUUUCCGCACGUCCUCGGAGCCCUCCGCCACUCCGGACUUCAUAGAGGACGACGCCGGCCUGAACACAGGUGUGAUUGUUGGAAUUCUCAUCCUGGUUUGCGUGGUCGUGCUGCUGGUCGUGGACGCCACCUGCUGCUUUCUCAACAAGUGUGGCCUGCUGAUGUGUCUCUGUGGCAAACCAGGCACGGGCACCAAGGGCAAAGACGUAGAGGCAGGCAAGGCUGCACUUGUGAAAGACGAUUCCAAGGAGCCUAUAGUGGAAAUGAGGAGUGAAGACGGACUCACAGCCAAUCACGAUGUAGGAGGACACUCCGAGCCCAAUGAGACCACGCCCCUUACAGAGCCUGAGCGACACACAGAAGUCAUGUCCUCAGUGGUGGACCUCCCCCUGUCCGUUGCCACCAACUCAGACACGGUCACCGACACAUUCGAUCUCAGCCAGAGUAGCCCGAUUAGCGAGAGCACCACUCUCACCUCCAGCCUCACUGCCCCUCCCUCCGAGCCCAAACCCACAUCCAACAGCUUCCAGCCCUUAGACCCCUCCCUGCUCUCUUCAGAACCUCCCUUAGUAGAUCUGGCUGAUCCUCAAACCAGCGGCCCUUCAAAUAUCCCAGCAGAAACGCAGAUUAAACCUUCAGAGCUUGACACCCAGGCUCCACCGUCCCCUGCGUUUAGUGCAGAUAAAGAACCCAAAGAUCUGGAGGCAGAACCGACGCCCACAGGGCUCUCCACCAAUCCACCGAUCAGUGCCGCUCCCGUCUCCUCAGAGAACCACGUGCUUCAGAUAGAUGGAGACGCUGCUUCACUAUCACACCUCCCUCAGGAUGCCUCCGACUCUCUGGACACAGCUGCCUCGGUUGGCCCAUCUGCUCUACCAAAUGAGAACAUGCUGGAGGAGAAGAUGGAGAAUGGCACUGAGGAAGAAGAGCUGAAGAAGAUUCAGCCCGGAGCAGCGGCGGAACCAAAUGCCAUAUCGCAAACAAACGGUGCCGAGAGUUAGGCGUGGUCAGGCAAAGCACCAAAGAGAGACGCGGCGGCAUCCUGAUGAACACGGAUACGUUCAUUCUACAGUGCCCUUAACCAUGUAUUCUGAAACUGUAACGUGUAUCAGACAUAAACCUCAAGACAUUCAGGAGAAUCACAGCACAUGUUCACUAACCUCGGUGAAGUUCGAACCCCAUGAUCUGAAAACACAUGAGAAGAUUUUUGUCUGUUUGUGCUCCGGUUGUACUUAGAAAUAAUCUGUGCUUUUUUGAAGUUUGUCAUUUUUAUGCCCAGAUCAGGUUUUGUUUUACCAUCUACUUCAUAAUCGCACUAUUUCUUCAGCAUUUGUGCAAAUGAAACAUGGUUUGAUCUGAUUUUAAAGUUGACGAGACAUGUUUCUGCCCAAACAAGCAAAAAUACCUUCAUACAUUUCCUGAUUGUAUUUUUUACUUUAUUAAAGUAUUUACCUCUG